AUGAAAAUGAUCAAAAUUAAGAUAUAUAAAAGUUUAUAUAUAAAUCUAAAUUCACUAUUCAUUAUUUUUUAAAUGAUAUUAAUCAUUGCUUUAGUUUAUAUAGCAAAUCAAAAGGUGAUUUAUUAGUUUGAUGCCAGAAAUCAAUAAAAAGAUGGUAAAUUUAGCUGAAUCAUUUCUAUUAGAUUGGCAAGGUUUGUCAGAUUUCUUUGAUUGUGAAUAGUUUAAAUAUUUAGGGCAAACAAGUGAUGAUCAUGGAAUUAGCAGAUUAUUUUUGGAUUUAGAAUCUCAUUAACAAUAUAGAAUAGAUGCAUUAGUUCUAAAGUACAUUUAUAAAAUAAGAAAAGCAUUGAUGGUUUAAAUGAUCCUUAGUUUUAUCUAGAUAAUAUUUUGGAAAACCCAGAUUUAGAGAGUUCAGUAUCAUCAAUGAAAUACUGUGAAGACCCGACUCCUGAAAUAUUUCAUAAUGUUACUAUAAUUAGGUAGCAUAACAGAAGAAGUUUGUGGAUGAGAAUAAAAUUACAUUAUGGGGGAUUAUUAUCAUUAAAUUUAAGUAUCAUCUAAUGCUAAUAUGGAUGUGUUGGAUGUAUAUAGGUUGAUCCAAUACAUUGUUUAAAAUGGAAACUACAUUAAUAUUCAUUUAAUUAGAAAUUGAUAAGAAAUUAUGAUGGAUGGAACGAAAAAUUAGAUAACGAAAACGAUAUCUAUUGUGGAUUUUUAUAAUAUGUAAAAUUUGAUAUUAUAAAUUAUUUUACUUAACUUCCUCCUCAUUAAGAUUUAUUAAUCAAGUUUUUUAAAAAAGAUGAUGGGAUUAUAAUAAUAGAUUAUAUAUACGGUUAAUAGAUGACUACAAAUUAAUAAAACAAUUAAGUUGAAAUAUUCAUAAAAAAUCAUCCAGAUCCUAUAUUAUAAUUGAUUUUAAGAAAUUAAGAUCCUUCAAAAUAAAGUUCAAUAAGAGAUUUUGAACUAUUUUAUACUUAGCCAGAAAUAAUGUUUCCUAAUUUUUAUGAGGGUUGUUAAGAUUUCAUUUUUGAUUAAUGUUUGAAGUGUCAAAAAGGCUGGAUUGAAGAUGAAUACUUUUUUAGUUGUCAUCCUGUAUGUGGUGAUAAAAUCAUUCAAGGAUAAGAAGAAUGUGAUGACGGUAAUCAAAUAUCUAAAGAUGGUUGUUUUGAAUGUUAAUUUUCUUGUACUGAUUUUUGCACAAAAUGUAUAUUUGGAAUCUGUUAUUAAUGUGAGGAUGGAUUUUUAAUUAAUAUUAAACAUACUUGUGAUCCAGUAUGUGGAGAUGGAAUUUUAAUUCCAUAUUCAGUUGAAUAGUGUGAGAUUUUUGAGGAUAACAAUUAGAGUGGUUGUAUAAAUUGUAAAUAUUCAACAAUUAAUAAUUGUAAAAAUGUAUAUAUUUCAUAAUGCCUUGAAUGUUAAUCAGGAUAUUAUAGUUAAGGAUAUGGAUGUAAUCCUUAUUGUGGAGAUGGGAUUGUUCUUAAAUAAUUUGAAGAUUGUGAUGAUGGGAAUUAAGUACCCUUUGAUGGUUGCUAUGAAUGUAAGUAUUAAUGUAUAGAGGGUUGUAAUAUUUGUGAUUAAGGAUAAUGUAUAUUGAAAUGUGAUUUGGAAUAUGAAUUUGUUAAUAAUAAUUGUCUUUCUAUUUGUGGAGAUAAAAUAGUUACAAAAGAAGAAGAAUGUGAUGAUGGUAAUACAAUAUAAUUUGAUGGAUGUUUUAAUUGUAAGUACUCUUGUCCACUUAAUUGUUUUGAAUGUUAUCAAGGUAUUUGUUUAAAAUGCAAUUAUGAAUAUUAAUUACUUAAUACAAAUUAAUGUAAAAAAUAUUUGAAUUGUGGAGAUGGAUUGCUUUAAUUAGAAGAGGAGUGUGAUGACGGAAAUGAUUAAAUAGCUGAUGGAUGCAUGGAUUGUAUGAUUGAAUAGAAUUGGGUAUGUUCGACAAUAUUAACAAAUUCUCCUACCUAAUGUUCUUUUGUAAAGUAUCCAGACUUAAUAAUUGAUUAUCUCAAUAUGACACAAAAUAAAUAAUAUAUUAGUAUUAGGUUUAGCCAAUAAAUAAAAAUAUACACCUUAUAACCUUUAUCUGAAACUAUUACAUUUGAUUUAUUAAAUGUAGAAAAGAAAAAAUGGAACAGCAAAUUAUCAAUAAUAUAAGAUGUUGGAUCAUUUGUGAGUGUUGGAGAAUACGUUUUGGAAAUAGAUGUGCUUUAAUUACUUGAAUAUAGACCAGUCAUGAAAAUUUUAAUUAAUCAGACUGUGGCUAAUAAUGAUAAUGCUGUUUUAAUCAAUCAUUUGAAAUAAAUAAUUCUAUAAUAUCCAAAAUUUCUAGAUGAUAAGCAAAAGGAUUACUCAUAAAUAUUUACAAAUUUAAAUAAGUAUUUAAUUUUUGCUUUAUCUGGUAUAACAGGCUUAUAUUUAUUAUUUGGAAGUGGUGAAUUAUUUUUUGAAGUUUUGACAAUCUUAUAAUUUCAAUAGUUCUUAAGAUACAUUAAUCUACCUUUUCCAUUAAAUUUAGAAAUAUAUUUUUCUAUUAAUGAUCUACUAACUAUUCAGCCAUUUCUGAAUUACAUUAAUUAUUUUCAUAUCUUUAAGUUAAUAGAUAUUUACGAAUAUUCAAUAUAUUCAGAAGGCAAAUUUGUUAGUUAUAAAUAAAACUCAAAUUUAAUUAUAAAUCUUUCAUUCUAAAUUAUUCAAUGUUUUAUGUUUCUAUUAAUUAUUAUUAUUUUAAAAUGGAUCAAAUAUGGAGUUUAUAAUUGCUUAUUUUGUUCAAAAUGUUUUGAAUACAUGUAAUAGUUAUCAUUAUAUUUAAAUACAACUAUAGUUUUUAAAAUUAGUUAAGCCAUUUAUAAUUUUUGCCUUAAUUUAUUUUAAUUAGAACAAUUAAUAUCAUAUAAAGGAUUUUAAAAAGUCUUGCUUUUAAAUAGUUGGGAUGUUCUCUUUAAAGUUUUACUAUAUUCUCGAAAUGUAUAGAUCAUAAAUUGGAUAGAUAUUAUUCAAAUUUCAUUUCUAAGCAUAAUUGUUGUAUUAUAUGGUGGGAUAAUGCUGAAUGUAUUUAAUUAUUAAUUAAAAUUUAAAUUUUCAGUAAUGAGGAUGAACAAUAAUCAAAAAUUAGCAAUUCUACAUCUUUUUAGAUAAGGAUUCUUUUUAUUGUUUUUGAUUUAUGUUUAAAAAUCAUAGAUACUUUAAUUAGGAUUAUUAAUUUUAACAAGUAUUUUUUAAAUUAUCUCCAUAUAUUACUAUCGUGAUGUUAUUAAAAAAUCAAAUUUUAUUGUUUAGAUGGUUGUUGAAAUUUCAGUAAUCAUUUUUAUGUUNUAUUAAUUACUUAAUACAAAUUAAUGUAAAAAAUAUUUGAAUUGUGGAGAUGGAUUGCUUUAAUUAGAAGAGGAGUGUGAUGACGGAAAUGAUUAAAUAGCUGAUGGAUGCAUGGAUUGUAUGAUUGAAUAGAAUUGGGUAUGUUCGACAAUAUUAACAAAUUCUCCUACCUAAUGUUCUUUUGUAAAGUAUCCAGACUUAAUAAUUGAUUAUCUCAAUAUGACACAAAAUAAAUAAUAUAUUAGUAUUAGGUUUAGCCAAUAAAUAAAAAUAUACACCUUAUAACCUUUAUCUGAAACUAUUACAUUUGAUUUAUUAAAUGUAGAAAAGAAAAAAUGGAACAGCAAAUUAUCAAUAAUAUAAGAUGUUGGAUCAUUUGUGAGUGUUGGAGAAUACGUUUUGGAAAUAGAUGUGCUUUAAUUACUUGAAUAUAGACCAGUCAUGAAAAUUUUAAUUAAUCAGACUGUGGCUAAUAAUGAUAAUGCUGUUUUAAUCAAUCAUUUGAAAUAAAUAAUUCUAUAAUAUCCAAAAUUUCUAGAUGAUAAGCAAAAGGAUUACUCAUAAAUAUUUACAAAUUUAAAUAAGUAUUUAAUUUUUGCUUUAUCUGGUAUAACAGGCUUAUAUUUAUUAUUUGGAAGUGGUGAAUUAUUUUUUGAAGUUUUGACAAUCUUAUAAUUUCAAUAGUUCUUAAGAUACAUUAAUCUACCUUUUCCAUUAAAUUUAGAAAUAUAUUUUUCUAUUAAUGAUCUACUAACUAUUCAGCCAUUUCUGAAUUACAUUAAUUAUUUUCAUAUCUUUAAGUUAAUAGAUAUUUACGAAUAUUCAAUAUAUUCAGAAGGCAAAUUUGUUAGUUAUAAAUAAAACUCAAAUUUAAUUAUAAAUCUUUCAUUCUAAAUUAUUCAAUGUUUUAUGUUUCUAUUAAUUAUUAUUAUUUUAAAAUGGAUCAAAUAUGGAGUUUAUAAUUGCUUAUUUUGUUCAAAAUGUUUUGAAUACAUGUAAUAGUUAUCAUUAUAUUUAAAUACAACUAUAGUUUUUAAAAUUAGUUAAGCCAUUUAUAAUUUUUGCCUUAAUUUAUUUUAAUUAGAACAAUUAAUAUCAUAUAAAGGAUUUUAAAAAGUCUUGCUUUUAAAUAGUUGGGAUGUUCUCUUUAAAGUUUUACUAUAUUCUCGAAAUGUAUAGAUCAUAAAUUGGAUAGAUAUUAUUCAAAUUUCAUUUCUAAGCAUAAUUGUUGUAUUAUAUGGUGGGAUAAUGCUGAAUGUAUUUAAUUAUUAAUUAAAAUUUAAAUUUUCAGUAAUGAGGAUGAACAAUAAUCAAAAAUUAGCAAUUCUACAUCUUUUUAGAUAAGGAUUCUUUUUAUUGUUUUUGAUUUAUGUUUAAAAAUCAUAGAUACUUUAAUUAGGAUUAUUAAUUUUAACAAGUAUUUUUUAAAUUAUCUCCAUAUAUUACUAUCGUGAUGUUAUUAAAAAAUCAAAUUUUAUUGUUUAGAUGGUUGUUGAAAUUUCAGUAAUCAUUUUUAUGUUAAGUUCAAUAUCAUAUAUUUAGGAAUUUGAUUCAUAUUUUUAUGAAGAAAAAAAGAUAAUAUUAGGUUGGAUUUAGAUGGUGAUACUAUCUCAAGGCAUAAUAAUAUAAUUAAUUAUAAUUUUUAAAGGAUUAAUUAGACAACUUAAAGAGAAAUGCUAAAAACCAGUAUAAAAUACAACUAAUGUAGCCAUUUGA